GGGCAGUUGAGCGUCUUUGCUACGGAGAGAAGACGAGUACUAGCGACUGGUCCUUCACAAGGAAGGAAUUAUCUAUACAGUAAAUAUGUUAAUAUUAAAUAAAACAACAAGAGUUUUUUCUAACCUAUCAAAAGGGAAAAAUUAUGAAUUUUUAAGAAGUUUUAAUAUUCAACCUGGAAAACUGUUUCUUCAUAAACUAGUGUUGGGAAUUGAAACCAGUUGUGAUGAUACAGCAGCUGCUGUUGUAGAUGAAACUGGAAAUGUUUUGGGAGAAGCAAUACAUUCCCAAACUGAGGUUCAUUUAAAAACAGGUGGGAUUAUUCCUCCAGUAGCUCAACAGCUUCAUAGAGAAAAUAUUCAACGCAUAGUGCAAGAAGCUCUCUCUGCCAGUAAAGUCUCUCCAAGUGAACUCUCAGCAAUUGCAACUACCGUAAAACCAGGACUUGCUUUAAGCUUGGGAGUAGGCUUAUCCUUUAGCUUACAACUAGUAGCCCAGUUAAAAAAACCCUUCAUUCCCAUUCAUCAUAUGGAGGCUCAUGCACUUACCAUUAGGUUGACAAAUAAAGUAGAAUUUCCUUUUUUAGUUCUUUUGAUUUCUGGCGGUCAUUGUCUUUUGGCAUUAGUUAGAGGAGUUUCAGAUUUUCUGCUUCUUGGAAAGUCUUUGGACAUAGCACCAGGUGACAUGCUUGACAAGGUAGCAAGAAGACUUUCUUUAAUAGAACAUCCAGAGUGCUCCACCAUGAGUGGUGGGAAGGCCAUAGAACAUUUGUCCAAACAGGGAAAUAAGUUGCAUUUUGAUUUCAAACCUCCCAUGCAACGUGCUAAAAAUUGUGAUUUUUCUUUUUCUGGACUUCAACAUGUUAUUGAUAAGACAAUAAUGCAGAAGGAAAAGGAGGAAGGUAUUGAGAAGGGGCAAAUCCUGUCUUCAGCUGCAGACAUUGCUGCUGCAGUACAGCACACAGUAGCCUGCCAUAUUGCAAAAAGAACUCAUCGUGCUAUUCUGUUUUGCAAACAGAGAGACUUAUUAUGUCAAAGUAAUGCAGUAUUGGUUGUAUCUGGAGGCGUUGCAAGUAACUUAUAUAUACGAAAAGCUUUAGAAGUUGUGACAAAUGCAACACAAUGCACUCUGUUGUGUCCUCCUCCCAGACUAUGCACUGACAAUGGCAUUAUGAUUGCAUGGAACGGUGUUGAAAGGUUGCAUGCUGGCUUGGGCAUCUUAUACAACACAGAAGGCAUCCGCUAUGAACCAAAAUGUCCUCUUGGAAUUGAUAUAUCAAAAGAAGUUGGAGAAGCUGCCAUAAAAGUACCACGAUUAAAAAUGAAGCCUUGAUUUUUGCUUUUCAAAAAAAAUCUCUAAAGUCUAUCCACCAGGAAGUUGUGACUCAGAGCUAUUAAGAUACUCUAGAAUUGAAUUUGAAGAUGAAAGAGGUAUCUUACUGUACAGUGGUUAAGAGUCAGGUUUUGGACUGUGGCAUAUAGAAAGUCCUGAGUACUUGUAGCCACCAUCACCACCACCAUUAUUGCUACGUUAAGGCAUGUUGGAGAAAAUAACUGCUAAUUAAUAAAUAUGUUCACUACAGCCCAGAUAGACUAUAGAGACAAUCGAACAAAGUGGACGGAGAAAAAGUGAGGGCUCUUGAAAGGACCCGAAGAACCUAGUUAAUCUGUUAGCUAUCAAGUCUGUUUGCUGCUGUAAAAUAUGAGAAGAGGACAUACAUCAAAACUUGUACUUACUGGAAAUAGUACUCUUUGCUCAAAGAUUUCAUUGAUUUUAAGCCACAAAAAAUACCACCCAUGCCAACUGCAAACCAGAGAUACUCUAUAUAAGUAUGGAAGAGUGGCCAACAGUGGAAGCCACAUUAGCCAUACUUUUGUGCUGGAUGGGCAGUGAGUUCAUAUUUUUUUAAUAAAAUGUUUUUAAAGUAUUAUAUUUCAGGUUUUAGAAGACUCAUGCAUUUAUAGUAUUUUAUCAUUAAAUAUCUUAAGAUAUUACAGUGAGUGUUAACAUGUAGGCUACUUUGAGUUAGGCCUUUUUAGCUCAGCAUGUCAACUUUAAAAUGUUUCUAACACUUUAUAUAUAUAUAUAUAUACACUAAUUAUGCCACUUGUGUCAGUUGCCAUAUUUUAAUAGUUUUAAGUACAGGCACUCUAUUAUAGAAAAUUCUACUUAUUUUUUGAAACCGUAACUCUGGCUAGAUGUUAAAUUCCUGUAGACAUGCUAAGGAAAAUCUAAGUAUCAGUAUCAAGAACUUCAUUCAAAAAGAUUACUCCAUUAUGUAUAUUUUACCACAAUUAAAAAUAAAAAUUUUUAAAAGAUUA